GCCAUUUCCAUAGCUGACUCCGGCUAGUCGUUGUCAUACGGUCAAUCUAAUUUACAAGGAUAGAGAAAUUCAAAAAAGGAAAAUGGCUAAUAACGGUAGUGAACAUGAUGAUGAAGGCCAUGUGAUAAAAGUAAGAGGUUUACCCUGGUCAACAACUGUUGACGAAAUCAUGAAGUUUUUUGGCGAAUGCAGUAUUACACAUGGAAAAGCAGGAAUACACAUGACAAUGUCAAAGGAGGGACGACCAAGUGGAGAAGCAUAUAUAGAAAUGGACUCGGAAGAAGAUAUUGAAAAAGCAUGCAAAAAAGAUAGGGAUCACAUGGGCCAUCGUUACAUUGAAGUAUUUAAAGCUAAAAGAGGAGAAAUGGAGUGGGUAAUAAAGAGGAGUGGCUUAAAUCUGGAAAAUGCUAUGGAUGAUGGCUGUGUUAGGCUGCGAGGCUUACCAUUUGGUUGCUCCAAAGAGGAAAUUGCACAAUUCUUCUCAGGGUUGGAGAUUUUGCCGAACGGGAUUUCGCUACCGACAGACUACACGGGCCGCAGUACUGGGGAGGCUUACGUUCAAUUUGUUAACAAAGAUGUUGCGGAGCGCGCUCUGCAGAAACACAAGGAAAAGAUAGGACACAGAUACAUUGAAAUCUUCAGGAGUAGCUUGUCUGAAGUUCGUGCCAGUAUCGGUCCUAAGAUGAGAGGAGGCCCGAUGGGCGGCGGCUUUAACCAAAGACCAGCUCCAUAUGACCGAGGAAGUAGAUUCGGUGGCAUGAACCGUUUCAACAAUAAUGGUAGAGGAAACCGUGGUGGAAAUAGAGACUUUGACAAUGGUUUAGGAGGAUGGAACAACGGUAACAAUUAUCAAAGUCGAGGAAAUAACAUGGGAGGCGGCGGAGGCGGCGGUGGAGGGAUGGGAGGAAUGGGUGGUAUGGGAGGUAUGGGCAGUAUGGGCAGUAUGGGUAGUAUGGGAAGUAUGGGAGGUAUGGGAGGUAUGGGUAAUAUGGGUGGAAUGCGAGGUGGUAACAUGGACAUGAAAGGUGGCAGUGGAAAUUACCGAGGAGGUAACGACAAUUGGGGUGGUGGUAGUAAUUCAGGUAUGCAUUGCGUGCAUAUGAGGGGACUACCAUUUAGAGCCACAGAACAAGAUAUUGCUGAUUUCUUCCGCCCACUCAUGCCAGUAAACAUAAGAAUAAUUCUUGAAAAUGGAGGUAGAGCGUCUGGAGAAGCAGAUGUAGAAUUUGAUUCUCACGAAGAAGCUGUCAAAGCUAUGUCUAAGGACAAAAGCCACAUGUCUCAUAGAUACAUAGAAUUAUUCUUAAAUUCAAGCUCCGGCUCCAAUCAAGGAAUGGGAAAUAAUUGUGGCGGAGGUGGCGGUGGCAACGGUGGCGGUGGUGGCGGUGGAAUGCUUGGAGGUAUUGGAAGCUUUUGUGGAGGUGGCGGCAGCGGCGGCGGAGGCGGCGGUGGAGGUAUGGGUGGAGGAAGUAAUUACAAUAGGCAGCAAGGUUAUGGACAGAACAACCGAGGAUAUGGAAACAACCAGCUUGGUGGAAACAAUUACAAUAGCUUUUAAAUUGAAAUUAAACUAUUGCAUAAAAAGAAUCAUCCUGUCAUUCAUAUACGUAUCAAUUUCAUCGUAUAACUACCAGCUAACAGAUUAUAUUCAUGUUACAAUUUUACGAUACUUAACAUGAUACCUAUACCUUCAAAUUAAUGAUAAGGCCAUAGAUGUAAGAUUAAUUGUAAUUAGUACAUCUGCGAGAAUGCCGUAAAAUAGCUUUUACAUUUCUUAUUCACUUUGUGCUCUCGCACAAUAUUGCCCGAUUCAGUACAUAAAAAAUAGUUUUUCUAAUUUUUUUUAUUGACUCAAACGACUUUUUUUUUCACCUAUUACAUUCUAACAUCGUUUAAGAGUAUGUUGUACGCGUGUACAAAUAUUCAUUUGUAAUUUUAUCAUAUCAACCAGUAGUAAUAAAGUUAAAUGUAUUAGUAUUUAUCAUUUUUUCAAUAAACUUGUGAAAA